UUAUUACAGGUUCACUAGUCUUUGGAUGGGCAAUUCCAGCACUGAUCAGCAGCAAUCCAGCACUAGCACCAGCAGCACCAUGAAGCCAACCAACGGAACCGAAAACGGCAGCCUCAAGACCCCGUUCCUGAUAGGAGUGGUGGGAGGAAUCGCCAGCGGAAAGUCGACGGUCUGCAAACGGAUCAUGGAACAGCUGGGCCAGGCUGACAUGGACCACACGCAGCGACAAGUCGUCUCGAUCAGCCAGGACAGUUUCUACCGGGAGCUAACCUCCGCGGAGAAGGUCCGCGCCGAGAAGGGUCAGUUCAACUUUGGCCAUCCGGACGCGUUCAACGAGGAGUUGAUGCUGAAAACUCUGCAGGACGUGCUCCAAGGCAAGAGCAACUACCGGACAUGAAGAAUUUGGAGGCUGAAGGAGUUUGCUAUGAAUCUGUGCCGGUCAAGAGAUUACCAGGAUUGUGGAAGACGACCGUUUGA